AUGACCCAGUUGCAAGUGCCAGUAGAGAAUGCUCCGCUGACCCCGUGUUCAGCCAAUUCCAGCCCUACCAAAAAGAUGAGGGAGAGGGCUGCGCAGAUUCGCAAGAGCUUCCAGCGCCCAAAGUUUUGGGUUAUGGGCUUUGGCUGGUGCCUUGCGGCCUGCGCCGGAGCGGCCAACGUGAUAGCUUUCAAGAGCUGGAACCUCUACGCCUCGCACGUGACAGGGAGCACGUCAGCCAUGGCUUUCAGGUUAGAGGGAUACCACCAGGGAGAAUACGGUUCAGAAAGCUUGAAGGAGGCAUGCCUCUUGGUCCUCUCCUUCCUGUGUGGUGCAUAUGCCUGCGGUCUCUUGAUCGACAAGAAUCAAGUGCACUUCAUGGGCAAGGCCUUCUAUGGCUUGGCUCUGAUACUGAACUCCAGCUUGCUGGUGACAGCAGCCUUCAUUCCAGGCAGGUUGCUCCCGGUUUGCCUGGUGGCGGCAGCAUGCGGCUUGCAGAAUGCCAUGUGUACUUCCCACUUUGGUGCCAUUAUCCGCACCACGCACGUGACUGGCACCGUCACCGACAUUGGUUCCACGCUUGGGCGAAUCAGCAUGAUUUACAUCCGAAAGGGUUGCCGCUGUUCCAAGUUGGACGACGUGGAGCGGGCCGAAGUGGGCGUUGACGCGAGGAAGUUGGGCGUGCUCUUCGGGCUCUGGAGCUUUUAUUUCAUGGGAGGUCUCUUCGGAGUCUACAUGGAGAACAUCAUCCCGGGACCCCCUCAGCGUGCCUUGCUGCUCCCAGCCACCUUCACCGGCAGUUUGGGUCUUUUCUACAUGGCAUGUCGUCAGAUUCUCAAGGAGUACAUCAAGAAGUUGGAGCAGGAACGCUUCGAAUCCGACAUCCGCGAGGCUCACGAGGUGCUUCAGCACAUGGGUUCGCGGCUGCAGAGCUUGGAGAAAAAUGACCAGUCGGUGGUCGAGCUGGACGAAGAAAUGGGCCACAUGAUCGAGGCGCUCCAUGAGGUGGAAGCCGACUUCGAAAAUCUGGUGCGAACACACAGCCGGAUGCUGGAGCGCCAGGAAUCGAUGACCAGCAAGGGCACCAAGGGCUCAGCAGCCGUAUGA